UGGCUAUAAAAGGGAGACAAUAUGGGCAAUCGUUACUCACUCACGCACCUGUGGCCACAGAACAACGACGUUCAACGAUGAAGAUUCUGGUGAUUGUGCUCUUGGGGGCUGCAGCUUGCGCUACUAAGAUUGAGAAGCGAGAGGCGGAGCCUGGUUAUGGAAGUUAUGGCCAUGUAACUCACUAUCAUCGUCCUUCUUAUGGAUAUGGCUAUUCUCAUCACUAUCACAAGCGAUCUGCUGAUCCUGAACCUGAAGCUGAACCUUCCUAUGGCUAUGGUCACUCCUAUGGGCACCGCAGCUACCACCCAGUGAGCUAUGGCUAUUCUCAUCACUAUCACAAGAGAUCUGCUGAUCCUGAACCUGAAGCUGAACCUUCCUAUGGCUAUGGUCACUCCUAUGGGCACCGCAGCUACCACCCAGUGAGCUAUGGCUAUUCUCAUCACUACCACAAGAGAUCUGCUGAUCCUGAACCUUCUUAUGGCUAUAGCCAUGGACAUUAUGCUCCAGUUUAUCACAAGCCAUCAUAUGGCUACAGUUAUGGUAGAUACCAUUAACCAACCCAGAGCCACACUGUGAAUAUUAGAAUGUUGAUCGAUGAGUGUUUCAUAUCAUAGAGUAGUUCAUAAUAUAUGACAAAUUAUAAAA